UGUCCUUAAUUCAAAGUAAUUUAGGUAUCGCAACAAACCCACUUUCAACCGGUUUCCGAUCUGAACCAAACCCUGUAACAUCACACUGCUACACUCCAUUUUCCUUCUCCCCAAACAGAAAUCAUAAACCUAGCUCCAGAUUUUCCAGAGAAAACUCAAAAUUCUCGCCAUGGAUGAAACCUUCUUGCUAAUGCUCUCAAACCUUCUUCACCUCCACAAUUCUCUAGAUCCCUCGACCUCUCUUCUCUCCCCGUCCUCCUCGUCCCCUCAGCCCGCCUCCUCCCCUUCUCCGUCGUCCCCUUCGUCCCUCCUCUCGUCCUCCUCCCCGGCGCCGCUCCUUUUCUUCACCCUCGCUUCUAUACUGUCCUUCCUCGCCUCUUCUUCCUCCUUGAAGAAGGAGAUUGACGAUAAAAAAUCGAGGGACCCCAAUUCAUCCCCUUCCCCACCUUCUUCCUCGCAUUUUUCCGUUUCUGCGUUUCGUGCCCUCUCCACUGACCACAUCUGGUCCCUUGACGCCCCCGUCCGUGAUGCCCAAUGGCGGUCCUUGUACGGACUCUCCUACCCAGUUUUUACGACUGUAGUUGACAAGCUGAAGCCAUUCAUAGCCGCUUCCAAUCUCUCCCUCCCCUCCGAUUAUGCCGUUGCCUUGGUCCUUUCCCGGCUUUGCCAUGGAUACUCGGCUAAAACUGUAGCCUCACGCUCCUCCCUCGACCCCUAUCUCGUCUCCAAGAUCACCAAUAUGGUUACCAGGCUCUUGGCUACUAAGCUCUAUCCGGAAUUCAUUAAGAUUCCAGUGUCUCGUAGAAGAAUGGUUGAGACUACGCAGGGUUUCGAGGAAUUAACGUCUCUGCCCAACAUUUGUGGAGCUAUUGAUGGGAGCCCCAUCAAGGUCCGUGGACUGAAUCUCGAUAGGAGUUCGAUGAAUGUCUACAAAUGCAAAUAUGGGUAUGAUUCUGUUUUGCUUCAGGUAGUCUCUGACCAUAGAAAGAUAUUCUGGGAUGUGUGUGUUAAGGCUCCUGGUGGUGCAGAUGAUGCUACACACUUUAGGGAUAGUUUGUUGUACAAUAGGCUUACUUCAGGGGAUAUUGUGUGGGAUAAAGUGGUCACUGUGAGGGGUCACCAUGUCCGGCCUUACAUUGUUGGGGAUUGGUGCUAUCCUUUACUUUCGUUUUUGAUGACACCCUUUUCGCCAGAUGGUGCAGGGACACCAGCUCAGAACUUAUUUGAUGGGAUGCUGAUGAAGAGUAGGUCUGUUGUGGUGGAGGCAAUAGGGUUACUUAAAGCGAGGUGGAAGAUUCUUCAGGACUUGAAUGUUGGUCUCAACCAUGCACCACAAACCAUUGUUGCUUGUUGUGUGCUCCAUAAUCUGUGUCAGAUUGCAAGGGAGCCAGAACCGGGGCCUUGGAAAGACCCAGAUGAGAGUGGGGCUCAAGCAAGAGUGCUUGAAAGUGAGAAGCAGUUUUAUUAUUUUGGGGAAAGCCUGAGGCAGGCUUUGGCUGAUGACUUACACCAAAGACUUUCAUCAAGAUAGAUUAUGUGCAUUUGGGAAGAUUCAGCAGAGGUUUAAGUGCGGAACUUGUUUUCUCUUGGGAACAUAUUUCUAAGUAGUUCUAACAUGGAUGACUUAUGUUUGACAUGCCUGAUUCUUGUUUGCUAAUUUUAGUCAGUGAUACUCGUAGAUGUGGUGGAACAUUAAGGUUAUUUUAUAGUGAUUAUUGUUGUAGCAGAGUUCAAGAAUUUGGUGAUGCACAAUUAACUGCUUAGUGUCACUUUUGAUUAAAUUUAGGUUGGCUAUCGUUUCUGUCUUUCUGUACAUAAAUAUUUAAGUUUAUGGUUGCCACCCCCUCCCCCACCAUUGGUUUUGAACUUAUGGAUAAAAGACAUUUGCUGGU